GUCCCCGCCCUUCCCCCCACUCCACUCCGUCGCUCUCCUUCCCAUUCUCUCUCCCUCGCGAUCUCGCCGAAACCCUAGGAGAACCCCGGGGAGACCGGGAUGCUGCACGAGCUCCUCCUUGCCCUUCUCGGCUUCACCGGUGACUUCGUGCUCGACAACUCCUCCGCCCGCCGCGGCCCCGAGCCGGCCGAAGCCGGUGGCGCCGGAGACGGCGACGUGGGCCCCGCCUUCCGCCUGGCGCCCGACCUCACCUUCCUCCAGCCGUCAGAGAGGAGUGCUAUUGAAAGGCUCAUAUCUCUGGGAUUUUAUUACAGAGAACUGAAUCGUUUUGCGACCGAGUCUCGUGAUCUGAGUUGGAUUCAGUCUUCUGUUGAGGUUUCAUCACCUAAUGCUGAUAUUACUCUGAAGGGCAAAGUGAGAAAAGGGAGUGCAUACCGGAGGGCAAUUGCCAAUGGUAUUGCUGAGAUUUUAUCAGUUUAUAGGUCAGCUGUUCUGCAGGUUGAGCAAAACCUGUUGUCAGACCCAUUGCCUAUCCUGGCGACAGUAACCCAUGGGCUAAAUAAGUUUGAGGUUCUUCUGCCUCCACUUUAUGAGCUUGUUACGGAAAUCGAGCAGAAAGACAUCAAGGGAGGACAGCUUCUUAACCUGUUACAUAAAAGAUGCCAUUGUGGGGUUCCAGAAUUGCAAAGCUGCAUUCAGAGGCUGCUUUGGCAUGGACACCAGGUCAUGUUUAACCAGCUGACUUCUUGGAUGGUUUAUGGUAUUCUUCAAGAUCAGUACCAUGAAUUUUUCAUCAGAAGACAGGUUGACAGAGACGAGGAGAAUGAAUCGGCUCAGUCUGAUGUUGCUGAUAAAUUUGCGCAGAAAUUAGCUAAAGACACAUCCCUUACUAGUUGGCACUCAGGAUUUCAUGUAUCAUUGGACAUGUUGCCGGAGUAUAUCCACAUGCGAGUUGCAGAAUCAAUUCUAUUCGCUGGCAAAGCAAUAAGGGUUCUUAGAAACCCUAGUCCUGGUGCUACAUUGCUGGAACCAACCAACCAAAGUCAGACAUUGAAAGGAUCUCAUAGAAUGCAAAGCUUCACGGGGGGCUCCGGUGCUCUGAAGGAGCUGCCAAACUUCUCUAACAUUAGUGCAGAAGAAUUAUUGCCACAGGCUGAAGCAGAUAAAGUUGAUGCCAUGCUUAAGCAGCUAAAGCAUGCUUCCGAGUUCCAUAAAAGGUUGUUUGAGUCUGCUGUUAGCUCAAUACGUACAAUUGCAGCUAACCAUCUUUGGCAGUUAGUGGUUGUACGCGCUGAUCUCAAUGGCCACUUGAAGGCACUUAAAGAUUAUUUUCUUUUGGCGAAAGGUGAUUUUUUCCAGUGUUUUCUUGAGGAAAGCCGUCAAUUAAUGCGCUUACCACCUCGUCAAUCUACAGCUGAAGCAGAUCUCAUUGUCCCAUUUCAGUUGGCUGCGCUGAAAACUAUAGGCGAUGAAGACAAAUACUUCACCAGGGUAUCUCUAAGGAUGCCACUGUUUGGUAUGAAAUCUAGUACAUCACAGAAAGAUUUUCAGAAGUCCAACACAUCAGAUCUUUCCUUGCAAGGAAAGGCUAGCUCAGAGUUGGCACUUGAUGGUUGGCAUAGUAUUGCUCUGGAAUAUUCCGUCGAUUGGCCACUACAACUCUUCUUUACUCCUGACGUUCUUUCUAAGUAUCGCAAAGUUUUUCAGUAUCUCAUUCGGUUGAAGAGGACACAAAUGGAAUUGGAGAAAUCCUGGACAGCUGUAAUGCAUCAAGAUCAUGUUGAUUUUUCUGAUUAUUGCAAGGAUCGGAAGAAUUCCUCUGCAACACAACUGCGUCGGUUACGCACGAAGCCUUUUUGGCGAGUAAGGGAGCAUAUGGCUUUCUUGAUCAGAAACCUACAGUUCUACAUCCAGGUUGAUGUAAUUGAGUCACAGUGGAAUGUUUUACAAACUCACGUUCAAGACUCGCAUGAUUUUACAGAACUAGUGACCUUUCAUCAAGACUAUUUGUCGGCAUUGAUAUCACAGUCCUUCUUGGAUAUAGGAUCAGUUUCUAGAAUACUGGACAGUAUAAUGAAGCUCUGCUUGCAGUUCUGCUGGAGUAUCGAGCAAUACGAAACAGGCGCAAACAUGUUUGAGAUUGAUCACAUAACUGAGGAGUUCAACAAGAAAUCAAAUUCGCUGUACACUAUCCUAAGGAGUAGUCGACUUGCGGGAAGUCAGAGAGCACCUUUCCUGAGGCAGUUUCUGAUGAGACUGAACUUUAACUCUUUCUUUGAGACAACUGCGAGGGGUGUGAUGAAUUCAGGCAGGCUGCGGCCAGGCACAGCGAGUACCCAGCUGUAAGCCUAUAGCUACAGUGGCUGUUCUCGCCGUGAUUUGCAUGACAAUGCUGCUACAUACUGACAAUGGCGCAAACCCGUCACACAAGAAGGGGAGGAAGAAUCUGUAGGAUCUGUAAAUUAGCUGUAGCAUGUGAGUUGUUUUGCCCUGGGAAGUAAACACUUGGUGAUGUUUGUUUGGCUAGUGUUGUGCUGUGCACGUCUUUGCGUUGCUUGCCUACCUUCCCCAUGUUAUUGGUAUCUCUAUUGGGAACAUGGUGUGUGGCCUUAGAUGAAAUGGUAGCAGACUAGCAGACCCGUUCAGUAUUUCAGCAACACUGCAAGGUUUACAUUGCAACUGUUCUGGAAGGAUGAAUGCAACAAUGAAAUGAAAUGCCAAAGAAUAUGGGGAUUUACAAUA